GGACACAGUGGAGAGAAGAUCGAAGAUAGAAGAGGGAGAGAGCAAUGGUGGUUGGACUGGAGGCGGUGGAUGACGGACUUUUGGCUGGAGGCCUGGGCACGGUUUUCUUUCACGACCGAAAGCAAAACAUGAAUGGCUUUGAGGAAGGCGUGGAGUUUCUGCCAGUCAACAAUGCGAAGAAGGUGGAGAAGCGGGGUCCAAGACGCUGGGUGGUGCUGGCAGCCAUCAUCAUUGGCUUUGUCCUGCUUUCUCUUCUGACCUGCGUCCUGGUGUGGUACUUCCAGUACUGGAAUGUCCGGGUCCAGAAGGUGUUCAAUGGCCACCUGAGGAUCCGGAAUGAGAACUUUGUGGAUGCCUACGAGAACUCCAACUCCACCGAGUUUGCACACCUGGCUCACAAGGUGAAGGAAGCGCUGAAGCUGCUAUACAGUGAAAUCCCUGAGCUGGGUCCUUACCACAAGCAAUCAGCAGUGACUGCCUUCAGCGAGGGCAGCGUCAUCGCGUACUACUGGUCGGAGUUCAGCAUCCCGAAGCGCCUGGUGGAGGAGGCCGAGUGUGCCUUGGCAAAGGAACGCGUGGUCACAUUGCCGCCUCGUGCACGAGCGCUCACCUCCUUUGUGCUGACGUCCGUGGUGGCCUUCCCCACUGACCCCAGAACCAUGCAGACGACCUGGGACAACAGCUGCAGUUUUGCCCUGCAUGCCCGUGGCAGGGAGAGGACUCGCUUCACCACACCUGGCUUCCCUGACAGCCCCUACCCCGCCCAUGCCCGCUGCCAGUGGGCCUUGAGGGGAGAUGCUGACUCCGUGCUAAGCCUCACCUUCCGCAGCUUUGACCUUGCACCCUGUGAUGAACGGGCCAGUGACCUGGUUGCAGUCUAUGACAGCUUGAGCCCCAUGGAACCCCAUGCUGUGGUGCAGCUGUGUGGCACCUACCCUCCCUCCUACAACCUGACCUUCCUCUCCUCCCAGAACGUCUUUCUUGUCACACUGAUCACCAACACUGAGCGGCGACAUCCCGGCUUUGAGGCCACGUUCUUCCAGCUGCCCAAGAUGAACAGUUGUGGAGGCUACUUGCGUAAAGCCCAAGGAACAUUUAGCAGCCCUUAUUAUCCAGGCCACUACCCACCCAAUAUGAACUGCACGUGGAACAUCGAGGUGCCCGGCAGCCAGUAUGUGAAGGUGCGCUUCAAAAUCUUCUACUUGGUGGAGCCCAACAUGUCACCAGCCUCCUGCACCAAGGACUACGUAGAGGUCAACGGGGAGAAGUACUGCGGAGAGAGGUCCCAGUUUGUCGUCACCAGCAAUAGCAGCAAGAUCACAGUCCGCUUCCACUCGGACCAGUCCUACACAGACACAGGGUUCCUGGCAGAGUACCUCUCUUAUGACUCCAGUGACCCUGGAAAGUGCCUCCCGCUGAGCCAGCAGUGUGAUGGGAAGGACGACUGUGGGGAUGGGUCUGACGAGAACACGUGCGCCAAAGUGAGCACAGUCCCCUGCACCCAGCACACCUACCGCUGCCACAGUGGGCUCUGCCUGAGCAAGAGCAACCCUGAGUGUGACGGGAAGAAGGACUGCAGCGACGGCUCCGACGAAAAGGACUGUGACUGUGGACAGCGGUCGUUCAGCAGACAGUCUCGAGUGGUCGGGGGCGAGAAUGCGGACGAAGGCGAGUGGCCCUGGCAGGUUAGCCUGCACGCCCUGGGCCAGGGCCACGUCUGCGGGGCCUCACUCAUCUCUCCCAACUGGCUGGUAUCCGCAGCGCACUGCCACACUGACGACAAAGGCUUCAGUUACUCAGACCCCACCAUGUGGACCGCCUACCUGGGCCUGCACGACCAGAGCAAGCGCAGCGACCCCGGGGUGCAGGAGCACAAGCUGAAGCGCAUCAUCCGCCACCCCAACUUCAACGACUUCACUUUCGACUACGACCUGGCCCUGCUGGAGCUGGAGAAGCCAGCCGAGUACAGCAACGUGGUGCGGCCCAUCUGCCUACCAGAUGCCACACAUGUCUUCCCUGCCGGCAAAGCCAUCUGGGUCACAGGCUGGGGGCACACUACAGAGGGAGGCUCUGCGGCCCUGGUCCUGCAGAAGGGUGAGAUCCGGGUCAUCAACCAGACCACCUGCGAGAGCCUGUUACCGCAGCAGCUCACUGCCCGCAUGAUGUGUGUGGGCUACCUCAGUGGUGGUGUGGACUCCUGCCAGGGUGACUCUGGUGGCCCUCUGUCCAGUGUGGAGGCAGACGGACGCAUCUUCCAGGCUGGUGUGGUGAGCUGGGGUGAAGGCUGCGCACGGAGGGACAAGCCCGGCGUGUACACAAAGCUCUCGUUGUUUCGGGACUGGAUCAAAGAGCAGACGGGGGUGUAGCAGCCAGUCAGUCCGUGGGCCUCAGCGUGCACAUCUGCGGACAGUGGCUAACCUGCACCCCUGGCACCCUCCCGAGCCCAGACUGUGACGUGAGUUGCCACAACUCCGACGAGGACCCUAGGGUGCUGAACCUGCGGGAGGGCCUCUGCCUCCUCAGCCUCCGAGUGGGGCUGGGGACUGGGAAGAGAAGCAACCCGGAAGUGGUUUGAAGACAUGGCCCCAACUGGGCCCUAGUGCUCCCCUGGAGAUGGGGACCACCGCUCUGAGGAGCAGCUGUCUCUGGAUUGGGAAGCCCGGGGCCACACUUUUCAAAAGACGCAGACCAUGGGACUCUGGGAAAUGGACGGCGCUAAAACUUGGUCCCAUGUGUGCAUUUGUGUAUAUGAGUAAAACAGUUUGUUUCUUUGUA